UAAGUUCAAACCCAUUUUUCAUUUUUUUUCGUUUUCGUUUUUUGUUUUUUGUUUUUUUAUUUUUCUUCAUUCAUUUUUUUCUGACACACACAGCGAGAGACCCAUGGAGACUGCAAUUUGUGGUAGACUACGUCUCUCGCCUAACCAUGUCUUCAAUCCUAAACCUGGAGACAAAAAUGCUAUUUGUAAAGGAUCGUGCACCAAUCUUGGCAUUCCCAUGGCUAUAUCAGCAACAGGAUCAGGUAAAGGAGGAGGCUUGUUGGAGAGACCAAUCAUAGAGAAAACAACUCCUGGUCGUGAAUCAGAGUUUGAUGUGAGGAAAUCGAGGAAAACAUCACCACCCUAUCGAGUUAUACUGCACAACGAUAACUACAACAAACGGGAAUAUGUUGUUCAGGUAUUGAUGAAGGUUAUCCCGGGGAUGACUCUUGACAAUGCUGUUAAUAUCAUGCAAGAAGCACACCACAACGGCUUGUCAGUGGUGAUCAUAUGCACCCAGGCAGACGCCGAAGAACACUGCAUGCAACUGCGAGGCAAUGGGCUUCUCAGCUCAAUUGAACCUGCAGGUGGUGGGUGUUGACGACAGUCGGUAGGAAAAUUGACUUGCUUUCAGAUAAAAAAGGAAAAUAUUGUCCUCUUGAGUAUCAGUCGUGUACAUAAACUCAAUGCCUACAUUACGUAUCUGUAGGAAUGAUGGUCAUUCCUAUGUCAAAUUAAAGACAGGGGACGGUUGAAUUGUCAAUAAAAAAGUGGCUUAGUUUUAUAA